UGUGACGACAGCGCCAGGCGCGGAGCUAACAAGUUCGGCGAUGGCUGGCAGUGAGUGAUGACCCGGUUACUAUCCGUUGCGCGCAGAGUCGUUUUGGCCGCCGUGCGCUGCAGCGCCCGCGGCUGCAGCGGUCUCGGCAUGUUCUAUGCCGUGAAGAGGGGCCGCAAGGCCGGGGUCUUCCUGACCUGGAGCGAAUGUAGAGCCCAGGUGGACCGGUUUCCUGCUGCCAGAUUUAAGAAGUUUGCCACCGAGGAGGAGGCCUGGGCCUUUGUCCGAAAGCCCGCAAGCCCGGAUGGACCAGAAGGAGAGAAAAAUGAACAUGUACAAGAAUCACAAGUGGAAACAAACAAGCGAGUCCGUGAGCCAUUGGACGGAGAUGAAAAUGCAGAACCGUGUGCGAAGCACGUGAAACAGAACACAGAAUCGGUGCCUUCAGUUAGCAAAGACUCUUUUUCUUACAUGGGAGACUUUGUCGUUGUCUACACUGACGGCUGCUGCUCCAGUAACGGGCGCAGGAGGGCACGUGCGGGAAUUGGUGUUUACUGGGGACCGGGCCAUCCUUUGAACUUAGGCAUUAGGCUUCCCGGGCGGCAGACGAACCAAAGAGCAGAAAUUCAUGCAGCCUGCAAAGCCAUCGAGCAGGCGAAGGCUCAGAACAUCAAGAAGCUGGUUCUGUAUACGGACAGUAUGUUUACUAUAAAUGGGAUCACUAACUGGGUUCAAGGUUGGAAGAAGAACGGGUGGAAAACGAGCACGGGGAAAGACGUGAUCAACAAGGAGGACUUUGUGGCGCUGGAGCAGCUGACCCACGGCAUGGACAUCCAGUGGAUGCAUGUUCCUGGUCAUUCGGGAUUUAUAGGCAAUGAAGAAGCUGACAGAUUAGCAAGAGAAGGAGCUAAGCAAUCUGAAGACUGAACGAAGUAAUUUUAAUUCUUGGAAAAGCUUCCACGGAGGCUGAUGGAGCGUCCCCAUGUCUUCUACGCCAGAGCAACGAGGCGGCUCCAUUGCUGGGGGUCGAGAAAACCGAGAGGAUCUCUGCCUUCUUUGAGGACAGGCUCAUGGGACGUGGGCGAAACGAAACAAAUCCGGAGAGCCGGUCCCGGGUGGGCAGCCUGCGUGGUGGUGAACCGGCGCCGUGAAGCCACACGUCGGUCCCAGUGGGAUCUGUCCCGACGGGCGAGCCUGGGGCCUUAGGUCACGUGUCUUAGAAAGACCUUGGUCUCCAUUUCCAGAUGUCUCUUAAUGCUCACAUCCUGGUACUUCCGGAACGGGACGGGAGAGCUGCUCGGGAACAGCCCGUUCUCUGUGACGGGUCGGUCGGACUCUCGCUGCUCCGCCACGGCAGGUGUCCGAACUAAGCAUCCAGCACCUCCGCAGAAUGUCUCCUUGACGUACAAAUCCUGCUUUAACCUAAUUUUAAAACCCAGAGGCCACCUUACCUGAGUCAUAGCUGCGAUGGACUGUGUCCCCCAAGUUCAUAUGUUGAAGUCCUGACCCCCAGUGUGGCUGGUAUAUACAGAUGGGGCCUGUGCGGAAGUAAUUCAGGUUAACGAGCUCACUUCCUGCCUGCCCUUGCCACUGAGGAAAGAGGAAAGGUGGCUUGAGGACACAGCAAAGCCAGGACGAGAGCCCUCCCCAGAAGGCAGAUCACUGACACCUUGAUCUUGGACGUGGCCUCUGCUGGGAUCAUGAGAAGUCAACAGUGGAGCCCCCAGCGGGCGGCCUUCUGUCCGGCCGCCUGAGCGGGGUCCCCAGCCACGGAGGUCUGCUGAAGGCCAGUCUCCUCUCCCGGGGAGGAAAGGAGUGUGAGGCCCAGUCCUCUACCCCUCGGUGGCUACCUCUCCUCUGCUUACCGUGCGGACAGCAUGACUGCGCCACGUGAGCCAGGACGCGUGAUUCUUCGGAGAUUCUCCGCUCGGUGGAUGUCGGUGAGGCAGCCCUGCUCCGUUCGGUGACGGGUUCUCCCGAAUGUAAGUUGGCAGCGACCACGUUGUUUUGCUGAAGCCUAGGAAACCAAAAAUAAAAGUCGAGAAAUAGGACUGUAGAGAGAGGAGAUGAUUACUCCCAUAUUUGGUCUGUGAUUUUUUUUAAAACUAGAAGAAUGUCUAGUUAUUUAGAUUUAGGAAUCUCGACACCGGCUGGGACUUCCUUCUCUGUGACAGGCCCUAGUGAAUCGAUUGCUCUGCUUAAAGGUAUUCAGACAGACUCUCCGAAAACUGCGAGAAGAGACCCAUGAGAUCUGUGUCUUCCAGCAAGUGCUUGUUCUGCGUCCUCAAAGCCAGCGGGUGAUAAGCAGCGAGGCCUGCUCUGGUGUCUGGACCUCUGCUGGUGACCUUCGUUUUUUUUGUUCUUAUUUUAUGUUUUUGUUUAUUUUUGAAAGAGACAGCAUGAGCCGGGAAGGGACAGAGAGAGAAAGGGACAGAAGAUCUGCAACGGGCUUUGUGCGUGGGGCUCGAGCUCGUGAACCAGACCGGGAGCUCAUGGCCUCAGCCGACUGGGCCGCCCAGGCGCCCCCACUUUUUGCUUUAAACACUCAAGCAACACGAGAAACCCCUGUCUUGAGGCAGACGGAAGCGCCCGUGGUCAGGCCUGGAGGACCGGGCCUGGGGACCCGCUGGCUGUGAGCCGGACCAACGUUAGCGGCGCCCGGGACCUGUCCCCACUGCAUUGUGUCAGCAGAGGCCUUCGAGGCACAUGUCGGGUCAGCGCACAGCUCCCUUCUCCCUCUGAGCCUUGUAGACACAUGCGCUCCUAACACGUAUGACCUCACUGCAGUCCCCUCAUGACCGGCUCACCGUCCAGCGGCUCCGGGCUCGGUCCCAAGGGCAUCGUGCUGCUGAGAGGGCUGCCCGUGCCCUCGGCACUUCAGGACGCUCCUGGGGAUCCCCUCUGCCGUGUCUGGUGCGCCUGUCUCCACGGCCUGCUUCCCACCAUCUCUGGGUGGAGCGGCUCGAGGCCCGAGGCAGCCUCCGUGUCAGCUGGAACCUAGCACGGCGUCUGCUGGUGCGGGUGACGGCACCGCCAUCCAGGCCCUGAGCACGUGGGACGGAGUGUAGCGACCUGUCUCGGCGGUGAUGUGUUCUAGAACUGUAAAUGAUCUUCAGUUUUUAAUUAAAAAACAAAUUCUCGGUG